AAUAUUAUCAUUAUCAAACAGAUUACUGUAAGCAUAUAUAUAGCUAGUUUUUGUAACUACAUCGUUAUUGAUUUGUGUUACAAAGUUGAUAUCAUCAAAAUGGCUUUCCUUGGCAAGACUUACAAAUUCGUUGGACAGGAGAACUUCGACGCUUUCCUCAAAGUUGUCGGCGUUCCCGAUGAGAAAAUUCCAGAUGUUUUGAAGUUCGCUCCUGACUUCAAGCUUACCAAGGACGGUGACACCUACACUUACGCCUCCGUCAGGUCCUCAGGUCCUACUGAAGUCAAAUUCAAGUCUGGAGUGGAAUUCGACGAUGUCAUUGGCGAGGAUAAGACUCCCGUCAAGAGCACAUACACAGUCGAUGGAAACACCGUCACACAGGUCAUCAAAAGCGAAAAGGGCAGCGCUACCUUCAAAAGGGAAUUCAACGGUGAUGACCUUGUCUUGACCAUGAAAAUCGAAAAAUGGGACGGCGAAGCCAAGAGAUUCUACAAGGCUGCAUAAGUUACAACAAAAGUUACCUUUUAGUUAUGUAUUUUAUUAUCUU